AUGAUCACGAUUAUCUACAUCUUCAUUUCCAUUGAGGUAUAUUCCAGGUUUCCUCUCCUCGUCAGGUCGCAAAGAAGCAUGGUUUCAGACAGAUUGGAGAACGUAACGCAAACAAUUUCCCGUCUACUUGAGGGCUACGACAUUCGGUUAAGACCAAAUUUCGGUGGAGAGCCACUCUUGGUCGGCAUGGAUUUGACGAUUGCAAGCUUCGAUGCCAUUUCAGAAGUAAACAUGGAUUACACAAUAACGAUGUAUCUGAACCAAUAUUGGAAGGACGAGCGAUUGGCUUUCAGCAACGAGGAAGAGAUCCUCACCCUUUCGGGAGACUUUGCCGAGAAAAUCUGGGUUCCAGACACGUUCUUCGCCAACGACAAAAACAGUUUUCUGCAUGACGUCACCGAACGGAACAAGCUGGUUAGGCUCAAUGGAGAUGGGGCGAUUACCUAUGGGAUGCGAUUCACGACGACUCUUGCGUGCAUGAUGGAUCUGCAUUAUUAUCCGCUUGAUUCGCAAAAUUGCACCGUCGAAAUUGAAAGCUACGGUUACACGGUGCUGGAUGUGGUAAUGUACUGGAAGGAGACCCCCGUGCGAGGGGUGGAAGAAGCGGAGCUCCCCCAAUUCACAAUAAUCGGGUACGAGACGAACGACAGGAAAGAACGUCUGGCGACAGGAAUUUAUCAGCGCUUGUCACUAUCUUUCAAACUCCAAAGAAACAUUGGAUAUUUCGUCUUUCAAACAUAUCUACCCAGCAUUCUCAUUGUGAUGCUCUCCUGGGUUUCCUUUUGGAUAAACCACGAAGCGACCAGUGCUCGAGUCGCUCUAGGCAUCACGACUGUGCUGACGAUGACAACAAUCAGCACAGGAGUCCGCAGCUCCUUGCCCAGGAUAAGCUACGUGAAGGCGAUCGAUAUUUAUCUCGUAAUGUGUUUUGUGUUCGUUUUUGCGGCACUUCUCGAAUAUGCCGCCGUGAAUUACACUUAUUGGGGGGCGAGGGCCAAGAAGAAGAGUAAGAAGUCGAAGGAGGACGACAAGAAACCAUCAGGGAACAAACCGAACGAACAAAGCUUCUCCAAUGAAGACAUAAUCGAACUCCAGGACGUCAGGAUGAGUCCGAUUGCCUCCAUUCGGAACCGUCACAACUCCAAGUCGCACGUUUGCGAUCUUGACUCGUCGAAGUUUCCUCCGAGUUUCCGCAUUUCGCGGACUUCGGGGUAUACUUACAAUUACAGGACUUCGGGAGGCCUGAGGUUCAGGGGUCCGAAAGGAAACUCCGUUCACAGGCCCAAAGUCCUGCACGCCAUUCGGAAAGGAGCUUUGGUCCUGAAAGCUUCCAUGCCUAAAAUUAAAGACGUCAACGUGAUUGAUAAAUACUCGAGGAUUAUUUUCCCGGUUACUUUUCUCUUGUUUAAUGCUGGAUACUGGCUGUUUUAUUUCUUCGAGUGA